GCAGUCAGCUUGGCUGGCGGUGAGCAUGGGCAGCGUGCGAGCGGCGUUGUCAGGCCCUGAACCAGCCAACAGCCCGCAAGGCAGCAGAGCUCGUUCAUUUUUUAUGCCGUAGUGCCACUCACUCAAUCGCUUUGAUAUCGCGGCGGCCGCGGCGGCGGGCGAGUCACGUGACCCGGCUGCGCACGCUCAUUAUCGACCUCGCGCUCCUACCUGCGUGCUGCGACUGCUGCGAGUGCUGAUCUCCUCAGGUAACCCCAGACGCAUUCCAGUCGUCGGUUGCCAGCCGAUUCCUCCGCCCUGAGCCAUGCAGCAGAACGCGAACGCUGAGCAGAGGAGAAGACGCUGACUCACUUUAGCCGGAGGCAGACGCGGGGGCGGCAUGACCUAUUAUGCAGCCCUGCACGGACCCCCUUGAGAAAUAUUAUGAAGUCGGCGAGGAAAUCGGAAAUGGACAGUCAGCGGUGGUGCGACGAACGGUGGAGAAGGCAACGGGACGCACGUUUGCGGCCAAACUGGUGCGGAGGCGGCGGAAAGGAGCGGGCGACGAGCGACGGGAGGCGGCUGUUCUCGCCUCUUUGCGCCACCCAAAUGUCGUCGGAUUGCAUGAAACCUUCCAGCAGGCGCAGCAUUUUGUCCUCAUCCUCGAAUUAGUGGCUGGGAGUGAGCUGGAGGAGGUGUUGGUCGCUAGAGGCGGAAAUCUGCCUGAGGCGCAGAGCCGAGACGUUGUCCGCCAGGUGCUGCAAGGACUGCACUACAUGCACUCGCAGGGCAUUGCCCAUCUCGACCUGAAGCCUGAGAACGUGAUGGUGUCCGGUCAGCAGCCACCCUGGACUGUCAAACUGAUUGAUUUUGGACUGUCUAGAGAGGUGUCUGGCGGAACAGAACGAGCUUUGCAAGGGACGCCAGAGUUCCUGGCACCGGAAGCGGUCAAUUUCGAGCCUUUGUCACUCGCCACCGACAUUUGGUCUGUGGGAGUCAUCACAUAUCUUUUGCUGACCGGUGUCUCGCCUUUUUUGGGCGAAGACAAGCAGUCGACCUUUUGUAAUAUUGUGGCGGGCGAUUUCGACCUGAGUCAGGAGAGAUUUGAAAACGUAUCCAAUUUAGCCAUCCAGUUUAUAACCCGCAUUUUGGUGCAAGACGCAAGGAAGCGUCCAAGUGCAUUGCAGUGUUUAGAGGACCCCUGGUUGAAAACCGAAGUCAAUUUGGAUGAAACCGUCGAAAAUAUUGUCGUUGAUAAGAAGAAUAAAUUUUUUGGAAGUCAUUGGAAGACUUUGUACCAUGUGAUAUCAGCAUCGCGUUAUCUGCAGAGCACCUUGUCUAAAAUGGAGGUGACAGCGGAGGAGAAGUUCGUGCAAGAGGAGAUAGUGUGCGAGAAGAACAAGGGCCAAGUUGUGAUGCUCGAAUUGGUGCCGAACCUGAUCUGUGAUUUAGUGGUGAACGAUUUGCACCCGGAUGCUUCUCUUAAUGGCAGUGCCGACAAGCUGGGUGAGCGGGAGGAGACAGAACUGACGGGUCACGUGUCCACCGAGUUCUCCUCCAUGCCCAACACGCUGACCAGUAGUGACAGUGAACAGUGCCAAAGCCUGGACAGCAAGGAAACCACCGACCUGGACAGCCCUGAUCCCAGGUCGGACGCCGCACGCCAGAGUGGACAAGAGAUUGCGUCCUUAAUUGACAUUUUAAGGAAAAAGGACUCUGUGACGCAAGAGGAGACAGACGACGAGGCGAUGAACACGGUCAUCACGGAAGUGACAGAGGUGAGCGACCCUGACCAGACGCCCGACCUGGGCAGCAAGGAGAACCUGGAGGGCCUGCUUGGCGGCACGGAACUCGAAGCAGGCGACUCGAGGGGUGAGACGCCCAUUUUUUGGGCAGCUCGCCAAGGAAAUGCGGAGGCGGUGAGGCUGCUCGCGUCCGCUGGAGCCAAGAUCGGCGCCCAGAACAAGCUGGGAGAAACGUGUCUGCACGUGGCAUGUCGUUACGGACACGCGUCAGUAGUUGGUGCCCUGUGCUUGCUGCCUUUGGACCUGGAUCAUCGAGAUCUGGAGGGAGAAACAGCGCUACACGCGGCGAGCGCACGUGGACACAGCGAAUGUGUGCGUCGGCUGGUGGAUGCGGGCGCGAGUCUCGAUGUGCAGGACAAAAGGCACAAAGCGACGCCACUGAUGCUGGCAAUGCGGCGCCACCACUCAAGGGUGGCACUGCUUUUGCUCCACGCCGGCGCCGACCUCGAGACUCCAGACUGGGUUGGUGAUACGCCGCUACACGUCGCGGCCUAUGAAGGGCUUUUGUCGGUGGCGCAAACUUUGUGUGCCUACGGAUGCAAGGUGGACCUGCCAAACGAGGCUGGCCUAAUGCCAUUACACGUUGCCGCAAGGAGAGGCCAUACCGAAAUUGUCAGGUGUCUGUGUUUAUCUGGCUGCGACGUGGAGAGGCGCAAUUCAGACGGAAUAAAAGCUGAAAUCACAGCACUGAAGCACGGCCACCAAGAGGCGGCAGAGUUGCUAGCGCGGUUGAGCAACGCGCGGCAGCGGGACGAGUUCAUCCGCCAAUUAGUGCCUGGCACCCAUCCAAUCAGCAGACUGACGGUCAAACUGCUCGGCCACUCCGGUGUUGGAAAAACCACCUUGCUCGACACGCUUGGCGCCGGACUUCUUGCUUCCUUCUUCAGGAGGAGCAAAACGCCCGCAGCUUCAAUUUCUGGUCCUAGUUCACCAAAUAAAACGCAAAUCGAGAUGGAUGUCACGGCGAGCACAAAGCCCGAAGAGCUAACUUUCGACACCAAAGCCUCCCUCGACGGCACAAGAGGCGUCGACAUCAGAAAUCUGUCAGUGGCUGGCGUCGGCGAGCUGAGCGCAUGGGAAUUAUCUGGUCAAGAAGCGUAUCUGUCGUCGCACCACAUCUUCCUGGGCUCGCCUCACACGGCUCUGCACUUGGUCGUUUGCAGUCUGGACGACCCACCCGCCACCAGGUUGCAGCAGUGCCUCUUCUGGCUCUCUUUCCUUAAAGCCAGGAUUGCCACUCAAGACCCAAUCAAAAAUGGUGGAGCUCCCCGAUGGCCCAUCAGGGUGGUGUUGGUGCUUACGCACGCGGACAGCGCGCGUUGUCCGAAGGCGCAGAGUGGCGAGUUUGUGAGCAGCGAGGCUCAGUGGCUGUUGUCGCAGCUAGAAGGGCACGCCGCCCCCGCCCUCUGCCUUCACCCCGUACCCCUGGUAAUCGAUGCCCAUGUGGCCGGCUCGCCCGGCCUCAGGGCGCUUAAGGCCAUUCUCAACGACACUCGGCAUCAGCUGCUGCAGGACAUUGUGUGCACGCCGCAUGGAAUUUGUGAUAGCAUUAGCAACUACUUGUUCUCACUGUUGGUGCCUAGAACUUCAGGCCUUUUAGACGCCACGCUCAAGUGGCUACAGGGGUGGCGCAGGGCGCACAGCGGUCUGCCGGUGGCACAGUGGGCCGGUUUUAUUCAACUCGUGCGUGCUAACGUCAACCCUUUGACUGGUGAAGAGCAUCUUAAAGAGCUGUUACACCAGCUCUGCUACAUGGGAGAAGCUUUGUGGUUGAGAGAAUCGGGCCUGGUAUUCCUGUGUGUGCGGUGGCUUGGCAAUGAACUUCUGGGCCAAUUGCUGUCGCCCGAAUUCAUGGCAGCCGCAAGGGUUACUGGUUGUUACACCCCUUUAGACUUCAACUCGGCCUUCCCGCAACCCGCCGACCCUAACCUGGUGCUCCAUGUGCUUGAGGCGCUCGACUGUUGCGUCCAGUGUGACAAUGAUGGUGAAAUUGAGUAUGAAUUCCCGUGCCUCAACUUCAUGGAGACGAUCGAUGGGCUAUGGGAUCCAGCGGAUCCCAGGUAUGUGGACGGCGUAUACUGCGGUCACCGGUUUCGCGCACCAGCCGGAACCUCGCCCUACCUUCUUGCCAGCAUCUUCCCCCGCAUCCAGGUGCAACUGCGCAGGGCCACCCAAGGCGCUGGUGACCCUGACAUGGACCUCUAUCAGUGGCUGCACGGCUCAAAACUAUGUUCAGGCCUGCUGGAGAGCUUGGUAACCCUGGAGCGGGGCGGCCACGUCGAGAUCAAGGUCAGAGGACCGUCCCACAUGAAGAGCAACUGCUUCUACUUCCUCGAAGAGAUCCUCGUGUUGUUUGAACAGGUAAUGAUUUCGGUGAGCCCGGGACUAAACCUGGAGCACCGCGUGAUCAGUGCGUCCCAAUUGAAGUUACACGCGGUCAGGCCGGCCAAUUGGACGUCAGAGGCCGUGCUGGAGGCAGCGCUCGACUCGGACAACGCGCCUCUGCAAGCGCAGCUGCGCAACGCGGCCACUAACGCGCAGGAGAUUCUGCUGGACGUACUGGCGUUCGGGGCCUCGCAAGUGAUGUCGUCGCUGGUGCUGGGUACUGACCUGCCCAUCGCCUUCCUGGGGCUCAGCGCCCGCCAGGCCCUGAGCAGAGCGCUUGACCCGCAGGACGCCAUGGGUCGCGACUGGUGCCUGCUCUCCGUCAAGCUCGGCCUCGGAGAGCGUCUGGCCGCUUUCGAGGGCGCCUCUGCCUCUACUAGUCCCACCCUCAAGUUGCUCGAUGAGUGGGGUAGAGACAAGGGAGCCACCAUAGGUGUGCUGAUCAAAAAGCUAAAGGAGUUGGGCCGAGAAGACGUGUCCCAGCACCUUCUGAGGUUGGCCCCUCUGUACAGGGUGCUGCCGUCCGAUGAGAGCUGGUCGGACGAAAUCGACUCCAAUCCAGACGAAAUCCUGGACACGAGCAGCUCAAAUUUGUCCCGGUGACCGGCAGGUUGAAUCAUCUGAAUUUGACUCGAUACUUACAACAGAUCUAAUAAUCUAAACUUGGCAAAGGAAGCGUUUCCUCUCAGCGUACAGAGGAGCCGCAGGAAUUUUGCUGCGACAAGGGUUGAGGGUUGGCUGAAAAGCGAAAGUGGAGUGGAAUCCACUGGGGAUUGCAUUGAGGAAAGCAAAAAGCACACUUGAGAAAUAAUAUUCCAUCCAAAAGGAGUCUUGUUUUGGCUGCUUGAGAUGUACUCUCUCCUGACUUUUGCGGUGUGUGCAUUCGAUAUUUUUGGCGAAUGCGGCGAUGUUGAGAUUUGAUAAAACACACAAUGAAACUGUCCUUCUGUGAUGCUUUGCGUGUCAAUAAACUAUUCAAAUUAUUGGUUUUUGCUUUUGGAAAAGAAAAGUGAGCCUCUGUCAAUUGAGAUAUUGUUAAAUAAACGCCUAAAAUUUUAUCUUUGCAGCGCAGGGAAUCGUAAACUCGCGAUGAUCUCAACUCACAAACACACACACACACACACACUUUAAGGAGCUUUUAUUCGUAAACAUUAAGACAGCUCAAGUAUUGUACUGAUUUCGCAUCGAGUCUUUUGAAAUGUCCAAAUUUCAUCAAGUAUGCAUAAAAAACGUGCAUUAAAGCUGAGUGUUUUAUAAUGUAUUCAGAGCGCGCGCGUACACACACGUAAUAAACAAACCUGCAUAAUAUGUUCAGAAACUCGUUGAUGGCGAGCAUUAAAAAAGGUGAACUUUGCAUAAAAUAUGAUUUGCUCUCGUUGUUCACAAUAUAGACAAGCUGCGAGUGUGCGCAGAGUUGGAAAUGGAAUUUGUGCUCUCUUUGUCUCGUCAUAAACAACACACGUGUUAUGCGCUUUUGAUGUGAAAAUGUUUUUUGAAACCUAAUCCAUUAUUCAUGUACGGGGGCAAACACCAGACUAACGCUCGCGUUUUGUUCUCAAUGUCAAGUGCUGCCGAAUCAUAUUCCCAAUAUUGCAGGCCUAUCAGAGCGUUUGUACAGCUUUCCUAAUUCUACACUACUCACUCUUUUGUAUGUACAACGUUUCAUUUCGCGAUAUUUGAAUGUGCUAACUUGUAUAACAUUGGUGUGAGCGGACAUAUUGAGGUUUGUUACACACAAAAGAGAAAAAUACAAUGAGGCUUAAAUCUAUGUACUUGAGAUAUUGACGAUUUAUACAUUUUUAUUGUUAUUGUUGCUGCACGAAUGCUUCGCACAAAUAAAAUACGAAUAUAUGAAUAAGCA